GCGAAUCGGGCGCACCGGUAGCGGCGGCGGCCAUAACGAACGCGACGUAACGCGAGCGUGAUCGUGUCGGACGCGAUUGUGCCGUGCGCGAGGUGAUUUCAGGGCUUGAAUGAACGCGCCCGCGAUCUCGUUCGUAGGGUACUCGACAUCGCGGUGAUCCCCGUGACCUUUGCGCGCAAUCUGGGAGUCCUUCAGGGUGCGCUCGAACGCCGCGGAUGUCGCGUCGCGUCGUUCUCGCGUCGCGCCGUACGACGAUCUGCAACAACAACUCGUGCGACUACGUCCCGACGAAGGCGAAUCCGCACAGCAUGGAGGCCGCGCAGAAGUUGCACUUCGACGCGUGCGAUAUGCGGGACGAGGAACUGAACGUCAGCUGUCGCACCAACAGCUCCGGCUGCGACGUCGCCUGCGACAUCCUGGACACGUCUGCGGAGGAGUUCGGUUCGCCCACGCCGCCGCUCCAGCCGCGUAAGCUCUCGUUCAAUGCGGACUGCUGCGAAGCCGACGACAGUCAGCCGGUCAACAAUAACGACAUUCCUCUCUCUUACGUGACAGAUACUCCAGCUGUGAGAAUUCCUAGUCGCGAAAAUAGUGGUUCCCAAAAAAUGUCAAUGGCGUGUAGUCCGCCCUACAAGCGCGUUAGGGCUUUACGCUUAUUUGAUUCACCCGCUACACCAAAAACUUUAAUAGAGAAGAGUGUGUUGCAAACUCCAGUUCCUUCUAGGUAUACAAGACUUUUUCCCGUCGACAAGCCCCGAGUUUCUAAAAUAAGCCCUAGUUACCAGAACAAGUCCGAUGGCAAACCUGCAGCGAAUGUUAAUCCAUUUACACCUACUGGCAUGUUAAUAACAGCGAGGAAAAGGUCCAGAUCUAAACGUAGUCUUAACGGUAGUAGCAGUUCACCGGAUCUACCAAAGGAGAUACCAAAGUUUGACCUCGCCGAUUCCGAAGAUUCCGACAACGAGUUUGAGCAGGCGACAAAGCGCGUAGCGCUGCAGGAUUCGAAUAUAUCGCGUUACCACAAAGAGUUUCACGAGCUCGGCUUGAUUGGGACUGGCGAAUUCGGCUCGGUGUACAAGUGUAUCAAUCGAUUGGACGGAUGCACCUACGCUAUCAAGAGAAGUAUCAAGCCGGUGGCAGGUAGUAUUAGUGAGAAAACGGCGCUGAACGAGGUGUACGCGCACGCGGUACUCGGGAAGCAUCAACACGUGGUGCGCUACUAUUCCGCAUGGGCGGAGGAUAAUCACAUGAUUAUUCAGAACGAGUACUGUAAUGGCGGCAGUCUCGCAGAUGCAAUCGCCAAUCUGCAAAAGGAGAAGAAACACUUCACCGAGGUGGAGCUGCGCCAGUUGCUGCAACACGUGGCUGAGGGGCUGAGAUACGUACACAGCAUGCAGUUGGUGCACAUGGACAUCAAGCCUGGCAACAUCUUCAUCUCCAAGGAAAAGCGAUUACUCGCCAUCAACUACGAUUCUGCCGACGAUGGCUUCGACGAGGAGGAAACCAUCGAGGAAGAGGAAAUCACGUACAAGAUUGGCGACCUCGGCCAUGUCACCUCCAUCAGCAACCCGCAAGUAGAGGAGGGGGAUUGCAGAUAUCUGCCCACGGAGAUUUUGCACGAGGAUUUUACUCACUUACCAAAGGCCGACAUCUUCGCCUUGGGAUUAACGGUUUACGAGGCGGGUGGUGGCGGGCCGUUACCGAAGAACGGACCCACGUGGCACGACAUCAGACAAGGAAAGCUGGUAGAAUUGCCGCACUACAGUCGCGAUCUGAACGAUUUACUAAAGUUGAUGAUCCAUCCCAUCCCAGAAAUGAGACCAUCGGCGGUGUCUCUGAUACAACACAGAGUUCUGUGUCCGUUCGGAAAUAAAACCAAAGCGCAGCUGCGAAGGGAAUUGAACGCCGAAAAACUCAAGAACGAGAUCCUGACGAAGCAGCUGGAAGACGCGGCGAAGUGCCUAAAGACCAUUGCUCCGAAUAUCGUUCCCGGGGGUUAUCAGUUACGACCGACACCUACCAGAACGUCCUUAUCCCGCGUCAUAGGCAAAAAGGUUAAUCGUAGUAAUAGCACUACAAAUUUUUAAAUCCUUUUACAUUGCACUUUUGAUAGAACAGCAAGUGGCGGAAGGUGAAACUCGGGGAAACGGUCGGUUUCUCGGAACACCGUGACAAUGUGAUAUCGUAUUAGCUUUUAGAUAUAAUUUCUAAUUUCAUUAAAAAUAAAAGACGGUCAUGUAUUAUGCGCAUAAAAAUUACGUAUAAUUAUAAAUAAAUAUUCUUCCUAUGAUGAGGGUAAGGCGUUAACGACUGCUGUUCAUUAUAUAGCUAUAUAAAAUUACUUAUUUUUAAUAUCUUUAGUAUGCUAUAUAUUUAUAUAUAUAUGGUGAUAUAUCUAUUUUUGGAUCGUUCAGAAUAGAGUCGUUAAGUACAAGGAAACGAAAUUUAAUCCUAAAAAGUCUCUGAGGAAGUAUUAUCUCAAGUCGUAAUAUAAAUGCCUGUGUAAUAAGACAGUUUAUAAAAGUAGGGUUGAUUUCGCUAUAAAACUGUUUCGGAAUUAUCGCGAGAUAGAUAUGAAACUGCAUUAUAGCCACUCAACUUUUGAACAGUAAGAGAGCUUUUUGAUACAUUCUUCGAUGCAUUUCUGUUUCGUUUCAACGUUUAUAGCAUCUUCGUACUUCCCUUUUUUUAAUUCUAAUUUCCUUCUUACACACUGGACUCUAAAACUUUUCUUGUUCUGAUGUGUAGUUUCAAUUAAUGCAAUUUUAUUCUAUCUCAGUGUGCAGUGCAUGCGGAGUGAUAAGAAAAAAUAAUUGAGAAAAUUGCAUGAAAAUAGCAAGAUGAAUUGAAACGAAUUGUCGCGACAUUAGUUAUUUGCACGUUCAGAAUUUACGAGACAACACAUUCCUUUCCGACACAUUUUCAUGUUGAUUGUAUUUUGAGGUACACGAUGAUUAUUAAGGACUCUCUUAUAAGAAACAGAAAGUAUUUAAUGUUUUGAGAAUUGUAAGUUUAUUUAUUGCUUCCCCAAUAUUUUUCUUUAUACUCGAUGAAUAAUGAAAGUUUCUUUUUUUUCGGAAAGGACAAUGCACGACUGAACAGAUACGUUCUUACUGCAUUAAUUGCAAGAAUAUCUUACACAAUUCUUAUUUUCUCAGUUUGCCGAUUAUAAUGCUUCCUUUAAUCUAAUCAAUAUUAUGUUUUUUUCACAAUGGAAGCGUUUCUCAAUUUUAUUUAUAUGAAGAUAACAAGCACGGUUUCAUCGAUCAUACGUCUGUCUUUAGUAUUAAUUUUUUGCUUCAAUCAAAAUAUUGCCAAAAAAUAAUGCAAGUGCCUUUAACCUUUAAAAUAUUUAAACUUAAGUCUAGUUCUAGCGCGAAAAUUGACAAAUAUAUUUUUCUACUGCAAUGUAACAUUUUAUACAAAAUACUGGUAUUUAGCUUAAUUAAUUACCUCUUUCAGUAUCUAUCAUCUGUAAAGCUAAUAAUUUUGCAUAGCAAGAUUAUUAGUUGUGUAAAUUUCGUGACAUGAAGAGAAAAGAAAAUCAUUUCUGUAUUAACAAUUAAUGAUUUGUACUUCUCUAUUUUAACAAACAUUAAUCAAUUAAAAUUGAAUAACAUUUAAUAAACUAUGUGCCAUUAUGCUAGUGCCAAUAAC